GGCGGCCGCGGUGGCGGCUCUGGCCUGGGCGAGCUGAGUGCUGGCGAGUGGGGUACUGAGCCCCGGGAGGAGCGGCGGCUUAGCCGGGGAGCAAGUAGCUGAGAGCAGGCGAGCGCAGCCCUCACACCAUGUUUGGAAAGAAGAAAAAGCGGCUGGAGAUCUCGGCCCCCUCGAACUUCGAGCACCGAGUGCACACAGGCUUCGACCAGCAGGAGCAGAAGUUCACGGGGCUCCCCCAGCAGUGGCAGGGGCUCAUCGAGGAGUCGGCCCGGCGGCCCAAGCCCCUCAUCGACCCGGCCUGCAUCACCACCAUCCAGCAUGGGGCACCUAAGACCAUCGUUCGGGGGAGCAAGGGCUCGAAGGAUGGGGCCCUCACGCUGCUGUUGGACGAGUUUGAGAACAUGUCUGUGACCCGAUCCAACUCCCUUCGACGGGAUAGCCCACCCCCACCCCUGCCUGGUCCUCCAGCCCCACACCAUGGCCCACCUCAUCAGGAGAACGGGCUGACUGAGGCCGAGGGGACGGGGGUCCGUGCUCGGGCCCAGGACAAGGGACACCCAGACUCUGGGGGCAGAGGUCCGGCGGAGGGGCGGAAUCGAGGAGCCGGGCGCAGGGAUCACGGUGCUGGCGGCAGCGAGGCGAGGCGGGACGGGAUGGAGAAGAGGCCCAAGUCAUCAGGGGAGGGAGCUUCGGGCCAGCCAGGGAGCCCCCAGCCACCCCGGGACAAACGACCCCUCUCGGGGCCUGACGUCCGGACCCCACGGCCCCCAGGUCCAGGAGGUGGGCUGAAGUCAUCGGCCGGAAGGCCCUUUAACACAUACCCGCGUGCUGACUCGGACCACCCCACAAGGGGCACGGGGCCCCAGGGAGAGCCCCAUAAUCCUGCCCCUAAUGGUCCCUCCACAGGAGGCCUUCCUCCACACUCCGCCAGGCCGCUGCCCCGUGCUGCCAGGGGCCCAGAGCCUGCCCCUGCCCCAGGUACCCUGAGCCCACACUCCUCAGAACCCCAGCUGGCUUCUCGUGUCCCCCCUGCUUCAGCCCAGCCUGCUGUGCCCCCAUCAGGACCCCGCUCGCCCCAGAGGGAACCCCAGAGGGUGUCCCAUGAACAGUUCCGAGCUGCAUUGCAGCUUGUGGUGGACCCAGGUGACCCUCGGUCCUACCUGGAGAACUUCAUCAAAAUCGGCGAGGGUUCCACGGGCAUUGUGUGCAUCGCCACUGUCCGAAGCAGCGGCAAGCUGGUCGCCGUGAAGAAGAUGGACCUUCGGAAACAGCAGCGACGAGAGCUUCUCUUUAACGAGGUGGUCAUCAUGCGGGAUUACCAGCAUGAGAAUGUGGUGCAGAUGUACAACAGCUACCUGGUUGGAGACGAGCUCUGGGUGGUCAUGGAGUUCCUGGAAGGGGGAGCCCUCACGGACAUCGUCACCCACACCAGGAUGAAUGAGGAGCAGAUCGCUGCCGUGUGCCUCGCUGUCCUGAAGGCUCUGUCUGUGCUUCAUGCCCAGGGUGUGAUCCACCGGGACAUCAAGAGUGACUCCAUCCUGCUGACCCAUGACGGGCGGGUGAAGCUCUCUGACUUCGGCUUCUGCGCCCAAGUGAACAAAGAGGUACCCAGGAGGAAGUCUCUGGUGGGCACCCCCUACUGGAUGGCUCCUGAGCUCAUCUCCCGCCUGCCCUAUGGGCCAGAGGUGGAUAUAUGGUCCCUAGGAGUCAUGGUCAUUGAGAUGGUAGAUGGGGAGCCCCCUUACUUCAAUGAGCCUCCCCUGAAGGCCAUGAAGAUGAUCCGGGACAACCUGCCCCCUAAACUGAAGAACCUCCACAAGGUUUCCCCCUCCCUGAAAGGCUUCCUGGAUCGACUGCUGGUGCGGGAUCCGGCCCAGAGAGCCACAGCCAGUGAACUGUUGAAGCACCCUUUCCUGGGCAAGGCGGGCCCCCCAGCCAGCAUCGUCCCCCUCAUGCGCCAGAAUCGCAUGAGAUGAGACUGGACAGCCCGUGGCCCUUCCCCUUACCAAAGAUGCCCCUCACAGGGAGGAGCACCCAGCCUAGAGUGGGUGGGGAGGUGGUGGGACAGACUCCUCCUCACUCACAACAGGGGAAAGGAUCCAGGGGUGACCCCCAACCCCCUGUCCUCCCCUCUCAGCAUUUGCUAGAUGCCUUCUGGCAGAUGGACCUGGAACUGGAAGGACUUGGCCUGUGGCACUCCAUGGGUCCUUCAGACCCUUCCGGGGAACUCAACUACUGAGUUUCAGUUUUGAUUUUUUGAUGUUUUUAAAUAACGCCUUGGGACCGAGGGCAUCUAGGGUCUCUCUUGGAGCCAAGACCCCAUCCCCCUUUGCCUUGAUUCAGGGGCCAGUCAGCUUGACACUGGAAAUUGGAAGGCAAGGAGAGAGCGGCCUCUGUGCCCUCUGAGCCCCCCAGCGCAAGGAUGGAGCUGGGGCUCCCGGGAGCCGACACUACAGGAGGAAGGGCAUCGAGCGGAAAGAAGGAAGGAAGGGUUUUCUGUCUGGGGAGCCGUUUCUUGAAUCACUGUGUUGUGUGUCUGCACAUGUCUGCACUGGAUGCUUGUUCUCGUGUGUGUCUGGGGGCUCGUGUGUGUGCUCGUGGCUGGCUGGCUGGCUGGCGCGAAGGGGCGUUGGCACACACAGUGUGCGGAAGCCUGUUAACUUCCCCAACUCCAGGCCAGUCUGGGGAAUGAUUGGGAGUGUCUGGUGAACUAGACUGCCUUCACCUGCCUCUCCUCUGCUGAUGUCUGAUGCCUGGGAGGUUCGGGGAGCCUCUCUCCACUGUGGCCUCUGCUGAGAAUACUACUGUGCUCCUGUGGGACCCUCUUUUUUUAAAAGAGCUAUUUAUAUUGCCAUUUCAUAAGAAACCCCCAGCUGGGGGGGGGAUCCUCCAGGAGCCAGAGCCCUGGGGCCUGUGCCGUUGAGUUUGGUUUGGGAAAGCCACGCUGCAGGCCUGGACCCCCAUUAGUUUUACAAUUAAAACGUUUUCCUUCA